AUGUUUCCUCAAGCCAACCAAAGCUACACUUACGAGGACUGCAAGGCCACUGCCGACUGGCUCCUGGCGCAGACCGACGUGCGGCCCACCGUCGGCAUCGUUUGCGGUUCGGGCCUGGGCGGGCUGGCGGCCAUGCUGAAAGACCAGGUAGCCUUCAACUACAAGGACAUUCCAAAUUUCCCGCAGAGCACAGUGCACGGUCACGCCGGUAGGCUGGUUUUCGGGACCUUAAAGGGGAGAUCGUGCGUGUGCAUGCAGGGUCGCUUCCACUUGUAUGAGGGCUACCCCAUCCAGAAGAUCACACUCCCCAUGCGCAUUUUCAAGCUGCUCGGCGUCGACACGGUGAUGCUGACCAACGCGGCGGGUGGUCUCAAUCAGGACUUCAAGGUGGGAGACAUCAUGAUCAUGAAAGACCACCUUAAUAUGCCGGGCUUCGCCGGAAACAACCCUCUCGCCGGACUCAACGACGACAGGUUCGGCGUGCGUUUCCCGUGCAUGUCCGACGCGUACGAUCGAGAACUUCAGCAACUGGCCAUGGACGUGGGGCAGGAGCUGGGCUUCGGGGACUUCCUACGGGAGGGCGUUUACUGCGUGCUGGGAGGGCCGUCCUUCGAGACCAUCGCCGAGUGCCGGAUGCUGCACAAACUCGGUGCCGACGCCGUAGGCAUGAGCACGGUCCACGAGGUGAUCGUUGCUCGCCACUGCGGCAUGCGCGUCUUCGCCCUGUCGCUGAUCACCAACCAGGCGGUAAUGGACUACGACAGCGAGGAGAAGGCCAACCACGAGGAGGUCCUCCAGACGGGCAAGCAGCGGGCGGAGCAACUGGAGAAGCUAAUUUACACCAUGGUGACCAGGAUGGAGCACAACAACGACGCCUGA